AUGGAAGCAUCUCGUCGUGACAUGUACGCUGGUCGCAAACCGAGGUUCAGCUGCGGUCAGAUCAUCGGUGACCCGUUCGCUCUGGCAACUUCUUCAAUAGCGAUCAUUGCCUGGCUCAUUGCCUUUGUGGCCUCCGUCAUCUCCAAAAUCCACGGACAGUUCCCCAACUACUCGUGGUGGGCUCUUGUCUACAUGUUCUUCUGCAUCAUCGGAGUCCUAGUCACAGUUGCUUCCGACUCCGUCUUCACCUACCAUGUCGCUAUCGUCGGCUUCUUGGCUGCUGGCCUCGUCUUCACAACAUCCUCGGUCAACUCCUUGGUCUACUCUUCCGAUGGCGCACACGAAGCUGCCGCUGCUGGCUUCAUCCUCCUCUCCAUGGUCGCCAUUGUCUGGAUCUUCUACUAUGGUUCCCAACCCACCGCGUCUAGUCGCAACGUGAUCGAUUCCUUCGCCCUUCACAGAGACAGUCGCGUGCCAUCACGCAUCUCUCGCCAGCCUCAGCACAACAGCUACCGACCCGAGACCUCGAUCUCCCAGCAACCACAAAUGUACACAUCCGCCCAGCUUAGCGGCUUCGAGACAUCGUCGCCCGUCACUGGCUUCCCCGGAGGAGCUUUGGGAGCAAUGGACAGCAAUCGUGAUAGCGGUGCUCGCUAUGGACAGAACAGCCUGGCUCCCCACCCAGUGCCAGCAGAUCGACCCAACUCGACCGCCGCAGCUCCAGCGGAAUACCCUUACCGUGCAAAGGCCAUAUACAGCUACGAGGCCAACCCCGACGAUGCCAAUGAGAUCAGCUUUUCCAAACACGAAGUCCUCGAAAUCAGCGAUGUCAGCGGAAGAUGGUGGCAAGCCAAGAAAGAGAAUGGCGACACUGGUAUCGCACCAAGCAACUACCUCAUCUUGCUGUAG